AUGGGCCUGUUUAACCUGCUCGCGCUCGCCGUCGAGACGUCCGUGCUGGGCGUGUACGUCGUGGUCCCGCUCGUGUCGUCAAAUGGCUACACCAUCCUGGCAUCGGACCUGCGCUCUGCGCUGCAGUUCCACCAGUCGCUGGCCCUGCAGGCGCUGUUGUCGUUGCUCCGUCUGCUCUUCUUUGUCUACAUCCGACGGCGCAACAAGCGUGUGCCGUCCACGCGGUGCUUUGUGUUCAGCGUGUCGCUUGUCGAAGUGGUGGGUUGUGCUCUAGGCUCGCUGCAGCCGCUGCUGUAUCUGGAUGGCAGGCGCAUCGACACGUUCUCCAAGUACCGUCGAGUGGCCUGGGGCGGCCUUUACAUUGUUGCGCUCGGCUUGAUGGCGAUGGUAAGCACGGCACUCCAGAUGGGUUACAUUUUGCAACUGAACAAGAGUCGAGGACGCCUGUCCGACGACAAGCUACUGAGGGACGUGACGGGCGAGACGCCGCGGGCCAAGUGGAGGUCCAAGUGGGCCACGCUCGGCAAGCAACUGGCUGGGCGGCGAAAGAGCAAGGACCCAACGUUCGAAGCGAUGGUGAGUCUAUAUGCUCAUCAAGAGGGAGCUGUGGAUCAACUGGUAGUGUCUUCGGAUCGAGACGAAGGUGACUUUGAGUUUUACCUGCCGCAAUUGUGCGGGUUUCUGCUUCUGGGAGCAUUUCUCCGAUCGCCGCAGUUGUACGCAAUGUUGCUGCGUAAAUGCAGUGUGUCGCACGUGUUUGCGCACAAGAUGCUGUGGUACUUGCAGUCGUACUGUCUUGAAAACCCGGCGUUCGUCACGGAAAGUGAUGUGCAGCGGGUGCAGAGGCUGAUCAAAGAUGUAGCGGAGUGCGGUACCGUACCGGCAGUGGCGUCUGCUUGCCCGCCGAGCCCAGCAAACUCGGAGCACUACCAGCUGUGUGUAGACCGCGGGUCGGACGGACUAGAAAACUCGCGAGAAGAUGAAGCGCUGUUGCCGGGAAUGCGGGAUGACCACUACGCUACUUUCGAGGAGACGAACGAUUUCGAGCAAAAGCUGACAAGCUCUCUGGCACCCACCCUGCCCCGUGUCUCUGGUACUGAGCCGUUUGAGCUUGAAACCGCAUUUUUGUGCUCUUUGGCAAACGUGUCGUCAAAUUUGCGUGCGGUAGCGUACAACUGUCGCAACGACAUGCUUCGUGUCUGGCUACAAGACCUGGAAACUCAGUAUUUGCCAAGCAACUCGCUUUACCUGCCGGUUGGGAACUCCUACCACCGGCUCAAGCACAUCCACGUCGACGAAAGUUUUACUUUUUCGACACGGGAACGUGUACCUUUUCUAUUGUGCGCUGAGGUUGUGGACUACCCGUCUCCUCAACAAGAACAUGCAGCUCGGAACAAUCGCCGCCGCAGUGUGUUUAAUGGCCGGCGCUUUACGCUUGGUCUAUGGGACACUAGCGCAAGUCCAGACAUGACGUCAACUUGCGCAUGUGCGGAGCGCACGCCGUUGAUGUCCCCAGACGCUUCCAAGCUGGGUUUUUGGAGUGAGUCGCGCGUACUUAACAGCCCAACCAGACUCCGAUCGUUUUCACACCACAUCUCUAACAAAAUGGCGCAACCAACAGAGCUGUUGCAUGGACUGCUUGACUCGCUUGUCGGUAAGAACUCAGGGGGUAAGAACUACGACUCAAAGGAUGAGGCGUUGUUGAACGAGGAGCAAGGUGACGAGUAUGAUGAGGAUACGACUCGCUCCUUUCGCCAUGCGCCUGCAAGAAGCCAGAGUCAGCCAUCUUUUGACAGCACACGUGCGUUCUCGAAGCAAACAGGAUCUGUUGACACGCGUACACCAGGGCUCCAGCUCGUGACUUCUCCAUGCGCUGUGGCUGUCACCGAAGACGUUGGUGUGGGUGAUCCGGUGACCAGUAUCAGCGGUCGGUGGUCACCAGAUUCGGAUACAGCACAGUCGCCUCGGUCGGAAAGCUCGGCGUGCUCAGCUCAUGAUCUUGUACGCCUUGACAGUACAGACCAGUUUUUGCAGGAUCUGUCCGAGCGUGACUCAAAGCUUGAGGAAGCUGAGAAAGCCGAGGACACGAGCUUGCUUUCUGAAACGUUUCACCAGACUGUGGGAGGCGAGCCGCCCUGUGUAGUAUUCAAGGAGCGCUGGGCGGACAAGGAACGCCGUGUUCAAGCCACGUCGCCGCAUGGACAGCUUCCGGGCUGGCGAUUGUUGCCUGUGAUUGUCAAAAGCGACGACGAUCUCCGUCAAGAGCAGUUGGCGUUGCAACUGAUUCGUCAGUUUGCAAAGGUGUUUGAAGAAUUCAAGGUGCCUGUGUUCAUCCGACCGUACGAUGUGAUUGCUAUAUCCGCUACUUCGGGACUAGUGGAAGCGAUUUCUGACACUAUAUCAAUCGACUCGCUGAAACGCAACGAUCGCGAAUUCACGACGCUGUUGAACUUUUUCACGAGGCAUUUUGGCGAUCCUGGUACGCCUGAUUUUAAUCGAGCUCGAUCAAACUUUGUGAGCAGCAUGGCUGGUUAUGCGAUCGUGUGCUAUCUGCUUCAGAUUAAAGACCGCCACAACGGCAACAUUUUGCUGGACGCUGAGGGCCAUAUCAUCCAUAUUGACUUCGGCUUUAUUCUGGCCAACAAUCCGGGCAACAUGGCAUUUGAGCAGGCUCCUUUCAAACUGACGGCUGACUUUGUGGAGCUUAUGGGUGGUCCACGUUCUACGCAUUUUCGUCGAUUUCGAUCCCUUUGCGUGCGGUCAUUCCUUGUCGCACGGAAGUAUCGCCACCGAUUCGUUUUGCUUGUGGAGAUGAUGCUGCAUGGCAACGAACACCUCCCGUGUUUUGCCGGGGACCCUAAGUUCACGGUCGAGCGCCUCGCUGCACGCUUUCAGCCAGAGUUGGAUAUCAACUCUUGCGAGGACUUUGUGCAUGAACUCAUCGAUGCAUCACUGGACAACUGGCGCACACGCUGGUAUGACAAGUACCAGCGCUGGAUCGUUGGUGUGUUUUAA